AUGACAGCAGCGUUACGGAACUGGCUGUUCUGGCUACCGUUCCUCGCAGCCGGCGUGGUGGCCAGGGAGUGUUUGAGCACGACGCCUUUGUAAGUCGGGGCAGAGUUAUAUGGUUUUUUUUGCUUUGGGUGGAUGUUUAAUUAAUAUUUUUAUACUUGGGGUAGAUUUUUAGUUUUUAAGCUUUCUGUGACAAGCAAGAGUAAUUUAGGUAACAAAAAUUAUGAUUCGACUAAUUUUACUAAUUAAAAAUAUCAAAAUUGUCAUUGUCAUCAUAUAACAACAAAAUAAUAUCUGCCAUUUUUAUUUGGUCUUACCCACAAAACCCCACAUAAGAAUGGCAGAUGACCCAUUAUUUAAAUAAAUUAUAGUCUUACAGUUCCAAACCCCAUCAAAAAUCCUAAAUACUACUGCAUUUUAUUGCCUUUUACUCCGUAAAAGGUUGUAAACAGCAGUCUUUGCCUUAUAAUUAUAAUUUACAAUCGCUUUUACAGGACAGUAAGCGGAGAGUGCGGCGAAGAAGAGGUGUCAUUUCAAGCUACAGUAAAGAACAAUCAGCUGGCCAUUAAAUUAAAGCCCGGAAAUCAGAUAGAGAGCAAGUUCAAUGAUUAUACUAGGUAUGAAAUUGAGUUUUUGUUAUGUUAAAUGAUAUACUACUUGAAGUUGUAUGUGGGGGACUAUGAUAAGGUACUUUAUGUCGCAGAAACGUACUUUUUUAAAACAAUUUUGGAAGAUUAGGUUAUUCAGUUAAUUCUGUGCUCCAUUUCAAAGCAAAUUUUUGGGGUUAUGGAGCACAUGAUUAUUUGAACGACGUAAUACAUGAGUUUACACACAAAUACGUGUAUUAUGUUAGCUAUAAGUUAUUGAUCACGCCACAACUUGUAAAAAUAGGCUUUAUGGUCAAAAAGUAGAGAGAACUACCUAUACAUUACCUUUUUGCGUUAAAAGCGAUUUGUAAAUUUUUCCAAACCUGUUCGACCACUGUAAUGUAAAACGAUAUUUUUGCCAUAAAAAGAAGAUCUACUUGGUUGCUCAAAUAAUUCUGUGCCCCCUAACCCUGAAAUUUGCUUUCAGAGGGGGCACAGAACUAACCAAUGUAUGCCUCUUAUAAGACUAUGUUUUAGGAUCACAUUGAAUGUCGGUGGCUGUGAAAUCGAGGUUGUCCUCGUCCCAGGUCUUUUUGUGAUGGCUCAAACUACCUCAGGUAAUGCUUUGUCCUAUUUUAAGACAAAAAAACUUUUUACUUUUAAAAAUACAUUACUAUUGACAACAUUUUAAGCCUAAAAUAAAUUUAAGCCUAAAACAGCUCAACCUCAACCGAGAUUUUUCAGGAUUCUCAAGCAAAGCCGACGACUUGCUGGUGAUUGUUGAACACACUGGUAACUACAGUUUGUUUUCGCCUUCUGACAGCAUUCGACGCUUCUUUAAAUGUCCGUCGAAAGAAGUUGAAUUCGAAAGCUACGGAAGUCAGAAGUUCGUGCCAGUGACAGUCAAGCUAUCCAAGAAGGAACCUACUUUAAAACUCGAAGUUGUAAGUUGUUUACCACUCUUUUAGCGAGCAAUUGACGCGAUUAUUUUGUAGUUUAAUCGCUUUUUAAAUCGAAAAAACGUUAUUUUUUAUUUUUAAAGCAUUUAUUUAAGUGUUUACUAAGCUUUUUGGCAUAACUUUUUGGUAAAAAAAAAUUUUGCUAAUAGAUAUAACCCUGAAUUUACAAAUCUAUGCUUUAUCUAACACUAUAUUUAUUAUAUUAUUUAACGCAUAACUUAAAAUCUACCAUAUUAUUAACAAACCUAAUAAAUAACGUAAUUAAACCUAAAAUAUUAACCAUUAACGCUUGCAGGUCGAUUCGAAACUGUGGACAGUGUCGUCGUCGAACCGGUUAGCAGUAAUGUCAAUUAGCUUCAUCCUAACUUUCAUCUCACUUAUUAUGUAA